AUGACCAAGUUUACUCUUUAUGCAGGCUUGUGCCUGAUGAUGUGCCAGCUGGCAACUUCCUCCAAGAUGGCGUGCUAUUUCACCAACUGGUCCCAGUACAGACCUGGGGCUGGGAAAUACAUGCCCCAGAAUGUGGAUCCCUUCCUGUGCACCCAUCUGAUUUAUGCUUUCUCCAUCAUUAACAACAAAAACGAGUUGGUUACAUAUGAAUGGAAUGACGAGACCCUGUACAUGACCUUUAAUGGCCUGAAGAGCAAGAACCUCAGUCUGAAAACCUUACUGGCUGUUGGUGGAUGGAACUUUGGCUCAACCCAGUUCUCCAUCAUGGUGUCCACUCCUUCCAACCGUCAGAAGUUCAUCCAGUCUUCUAUCAAAUUCCUAAGGACUCAUGGAUUUGAUGGUCUGGAUCUGGACUGGGAGUACCCUGGAUCUCGUGGAAGUCCCCCAGUGGACAAACAGCGGUUCAGUCUGCUCUGCAAGGAACUUGUUGAAGCCUACGCAGCUGAAGCCAAGGCCACUGGCAAUCCUCAGCUCAUGCUGACUGCAGCAGUGUCUGCUGGAAAAGGAACCAUUGAUACUGGAUAUGAGAUUUCUGAGAUUGCCAAGCAUCUGGACUUUAUCAAUGUGAUGACCUAUGACUUCCAUGGAGCUUGGGAGACAUUGACUGGACACAACAGCCCACUGUACCGCGGCUCACAUGACAGUGGUGACCUCAUCUACUUCAACACUGACUAUGCCAUGAAAUACUGGAGAGACCAAGGCACCCCAGUGGAGAAGCUGAUGAUGGGAUUUGCUGCUUAUGGUCGUACCUUCCGUCUGACAUCAUCAAACAGUGGCGUUGGAGCCCCAGCUAGUGGUGCUGCAUCAGCCGGACCAUUCACACGUGAAGCUGGAUUCUGGUCCUACUAUGAGGUCUGCACCCUUCUAAAGGGCACCACCAUUCAGUGGAUUGACGAUCAGAAAGUUCCCUAUGCCGUCAAGAACAACGAGUGGGUGGGAUUCGACACCAGGGAGAGCUAUGAGAUUAAGGUCCAGUACAUGAGGGACAUGAAGUAUGGCGGUGCCUUUGUGUGGGCCUUGGAUCUGGAUGACUUUAAAGGAGAGUUCUGUGGACAGGGAAGCCAUCCUCUGCUGUCCCAUCUGCGCAAACUCAUCGAUGUUGGUAAGUCUUCCAAACCUGCUGUUACUACCACAGCACCAGCCACAAGAACAACCUCCAAACCCAGUAGUACUACCAAUGCUCCAUCUACCAAGACCACCAUCCCUAUCCCGGGACAUGACUUCUGCAAAGACAAGCCAAACGGCAUGUACCCCAACCCUGCUGACAACAGAAGCUUUUACGUGUGUGCAGGCGGCCGAACCUAUCUGAGGCAGUGUGGAGUCGGGACUGUCUAUGACGACAGUUGCAAGUGCUGUGUGUGGGCUUAA